GGGCUGCUGGCUGGGGCGGCGGGCCGCGGCGAGCGCCAGAGGAGGCAGCGGGUGGCGCUCGUCACGUUCCAGGGCAGCCUCUGCCCCGUGACGCUGGCGCACGCCCAGGCGCUGCGCGAGGCCGCCGCCCUGCUGCGCGACGACGACGACGAGGGCUUCCCCGCCCCGCAGGCCCCGCGCCCGCGCGACCUCCCCGUGUUCGACACCGUCCUGGGGCUGGUGGGUCUGAACGACGACGAGCACGUGAGAGCCAAGCUCGCGAGCCGGCGGUCGUCCGCCUGGUUCAUGCUGAGGCGCGACAGGCGCCUGCUGGUGGACAUGGCCAUCGCCGGUGACGACUGGAUCGUGUCCUGCGACAACGUCUGGUCCUGCGCCGAGAGGUUCCUCGCGACUGCCGGGAGCGCCACGACGUUACCUGGUUCGAGUUGGACGGCGCGGACGUCGCCCUGCGCUCGCGCACCUGGAACAGGGCCUGGGAGGGUCGCAGGUACGCCUGCGUUGGCAGGGCCGCGGACCACGGCCAGGACAACGGCACGGAAGCCGUGCUGA